UUCUAUCCAUGGCAGUCUUCUCUGUUGGAUUUAUUUUCCAACCACCUAUGACCUCCACAGUCUAAUAUUUACCAGAUAAAUACUGCAAAUCAUACUCUCACCCUGGCUACUGCCGGGUUUUCUUGUGGGGAAAUCAUGGGAGAUUUUGGUCAUAGCUCUAGUAACGGGCGUAGAAGUCAAGACCCGAAGCAGAAAGAGGUAAGAACUGACGAUACAAAGGUGGAAUUCUCUGAGGAUGAGGAGAUGCUUAUUGCCAGAAUGUUUAACUUGGUUGGAGAGAGGUGGUCUCUGAUUGCUGGGAGAAUCCCUGGAAGGACAGCAGAGGAGAUCGAGAAGUACUGGACUUCAAGACAUAGCUCACAGUUACAGAAGCAAAGAUGAUCCUCUAGACUCCAGAUCAGGCCGG